CAUGUACCCAAGACACCUCUCAUGCAAAAGUAAAUAGUUUAUUUACCUAGUUCCUGAUUUUACCUUAUUAUCCCUCGUUAACCUUCUCCACAAGCGGCAUCCUUACUCCUAUGAACACAUAGACAGCCUAUCUGACAGCUUGCCAUUGUGUCACCCAUCUUCAAUUAGCGAUAAAGACUACUUUAUAAUUAUCGACCUUGUACUUGAGGAGACGUGAACUUUUAUUUUAGUGUAUCGUGGCGAAGUUGCAAUGGCGACAGCUUCAAUGAAGCCAGCUGGCGCCAGCCUCUUUAACUACUACAGCAAGCAGAAGAUGGCACAGCAGUGCUCUGAGAGCACAAACUCUCUGCAGUUUUCAAUGAGACAUAUGAAUCUCCAGGACGCGCCGCAGCUUUCGCAAGAGCCUCGACCGCAUAUGCGGGCGUUGCGACCCCGUGCUCUUGAUCUUAGCAGCCAGCCCAGCCAAGAAAUACAAUCCACACCUGAUUACCUUACUCCGCAAGAGCAGCAGUUUCGGAUGGAUUACGAACCGUCAUCCAUGCAGCUAGAUGACGACACGAGCAGGUCACCCGUAGUCUCACCCCGUGUCCAAAAGCGCCCCAGGCCGCUGAGAAUACUCCCCCCAGGGAGUGUAGAUGAGGAGUGCUCCAGCCAAAGCCUGAGCCAGCGAUCAAUGGGGGAGCCCAGCACGUGCAGCAAAGCGCUGUCUGGUCGGCCACCAAUACCCAAACUCCGGGAGGUUCAGCCGCCGAUGCCGCGCAACCCGUACCUGGUGCGGGCGGAGGAUGACAACCAUGUGUUUCAGGCGUCGCAAUCGUGCCUGAACCGCGGAGGAUACAGCCGCUACCACUGGGACUACCACCAAGAGGCGGAGAUGGGGCACGGGAACUUCAGCAAGGUGUACCGUGCCGUACAUCGCCUGACGGGCGUUGCGUACGCCAUUAAGACCAACCGCAUUCCGAUUACGACUUUACAGAUGCGGAACAUGUGGCUUAAUGAGAUGCAAGCGCUAGCGGCGGUGCAGACCCACCCACACAUAGUGGCGCUGCACGAUGCCUGGUUUGAGCCGGACAUCCGGGGCGAUGCGGAGCAGGCGUACCUGAAGUUGGAGCUGUGCGGGGAGAGCUUGCGCGACAUCUUCAAGCGGCGGGUGCAGCUGAAGGAGCCGGAUGUGCUGGAGAUGCUCCGCCAGAUGGCGUCCGCACUUAAGCGCAUCCACGAGCUGGGCAUGGUGCACCUGGACAUCAAGCCCGACAACAUCUACCUGGCGUCCGCAUCGGGCAGCAUCAGCAGCGGUGCUAGCAGCGGGCCGGUGUACAAGCUGGGUGACUUUGGGCUGGCCAUGAUGCAGGGAGGCCAGCGGGCAGGCACCUCCGAGGGCGAUGUCAAGUACCUUGCACCUGAGGCGCUCAAAAGCCGCGACUUCCUCACAAGCGGGCUGGCUGACCGGCUGGACAUCUUUGCGCUUGGUGCCUCCGCCUACGAGCUGCUGCGCGGCAGCGAGCUGCCAAAGAACGGGCAGCCGUACCAUGACAUCCGCGCCGGCAAGAUUUUCCUCCCGGGCAGCAGCCAGCGGCUAGUAGCGCUGCUAAAGAAGAUGAUGGCGCCCGACCCGGCGCAGCGUCCCACGGCGGACCAACUCCUCAAGACCCCGCUGCUCAACCCGGGCAGCCAGCUGCAGUCCCAACCGUCCUCGCAACUACAGCUCUCACAGUGACUCGUAGCGCGUCCUUCGAGCGCAUGCCGUUCCAUGCGCUUCCCCGAACCCAAUACGCUAGGCUCAUGCCUCCCCAUCUGCUGCUUGUGGCGGAGGCGCAUGACAAUAGAGCCUUGGCCUUCCAGUUUAUAGGUCAAGGUCCCUGGCUAGGUCGCUCGUUGGACGCCGCAUCAGGAGCUUGCAUUGCAUGUGAGAGAGUCUGGGGGUCAUUCCUCGCCAGUUCGACGCUGUGUGUUGUAGGUUUGGCGCAGGGUAGCAUAGCUGCUAGGGUGGGUGACAAUUUUACAACUGACAGAAUGCUUGCCAGGUAUCUCGAGGGGUUAAGCAUCGCUGGUGCUGCGUCUGUUGGAAUGAUGACUCUAGAGCCGUUGACUUGGGUUUGUUAUGGUAGACCGCAAUCCAAAGCUGCAACGCUAUAUACAGGUUUACAGUUUCACUGCAGGGUACUUGUCGCGAUACUGAUAUGGUGGUUCCGCUGUGGAGUGCCAGCGCGUCGUCACAGCAUGAACCGGUGUGAGUGUUUCGUGUGCUAAUCCUUGUGCUGCUUCGCUUGUGCGACGUUGUGCCCACAACUGGGUGUCGCAUGGUGUAGACGCAUCUGGACUCAUAGCAUAGGAAUGCAGGUGGUGGCUUAACUAGUCUGGGGCUUGCUGGCCAUGAACGGCUGGUCCCGAAUGGUGCAUGCGCGCGCUAUGGAGGAUGCGUGUAGAUUACAUAGGUUAGGCCAGAUGGUGCUGGCGAAACAACAUUGAAAGGUGCUGAAGACGCUUUAGAGGGGGCUGCUUCUCCCAUGCCUUCGGGAACAGCCAGAUGCUGGGUGGGGAGUCUGGAAACCCACUUUGUAUACGGUACGGUUACCGGUAAUAGCGCCAUUGCUGCGCGUGCGUCAUAUGACGCGGUGAGGUGUUUUGGUAGCGGAAUGUGUAAACAGUAAGAGAGCCUA